CUCAGACUCUACAGGAGGUAAUCUCCUUCACAACAAUGAGACUUAUCAUGGUCAGAGCACUGGGGAAUUCUCCUUGCCACUGGUAGCGAAGAUUGUGGGCAGCUCGCUUUUGGCUCUGCUAUGUUUAAGUGGAGUAUUAUGGUUUGCUUUUAGAUAUCGUAAAAAAAAUCGUUCCAAUUCAGAACAGUUCCAGGAUCCGUGGGAAGUCCUUUUUGAUGACAUUACCUUGCACAGGAUUAUCGGAGAAGGAGCGUUUGGGAAAGUAUACAGUGGCAGGCUUUUGAAACAAACUAUGGAGGCUGGAACACGGAUGAAGUCUCCCCAGCGCAAGACGGACAAGGAACAGCAGCAAAUGAAGAUGGACCUCACCGUUGCUGUGAAAAUGUUACAAAAUGGUGCCACAGAAGAACAAAUGCAAGAAUUCCUAGAGGAAAUACUACUCAUGAAACAAAUCGGGUAUCACCUGAACAUAUUGAAUUUAUUGGCCUGCUGCACUAUGGCAAAUCCCAUGUUCCUUGUAGUGGAGUUUGCAAUGAACGGGGAUUUACUUCAAUAUCUCAGGAAAAGAAGAGAGCAGAUCAAACAAGCUUUUAAAGCGACGGGAGAAGCAGCGCCCCACCACUCAAGAUAUCAAAACACAGGAGUGUUAAAUGAGGGGAACUUAUGUGAAUGCACCAUGGACAAAAGCAGAGCUGGAUGUGCAACAUUAGCCCUCAAGACUGAUACUGAUAACUUACAUGACGAUGAUACUCUCACACCUGCUGACCUAAUGACGUUCGCAUGGCAGAUAGCGAAGGGAAUGGAGUUUCUGUCACGGAAGGGAUUCGUCCACCGUGACCUUGCGGCGAGAAAUGUUCUUGUUUGUGAAGGCAAGUUAGUCAAGGUAGCCGACUUUGGAUUGUCGCGUAACGUGUACGCCGAGAAAGGGUACCAUGCUACAAAGAACAGAAAACUGCCAGUCAAAUGGAUGUCACCGGAAGCCAUUCAUGAUCAAGUGUUCAACGCAGAGAACGACGUGUGGGCGUAUGGUAUUCUACUUUGGGAGAUUUUCACAAUCGGUGGGACGCCAUAUCCUACCAUAAGUAAUCAUGAACUUUUUGGGGCUCUUAAAGCUGGAUACCGAAUGGAAAAACCACAGAUGUGCUCGGAUGAGAUGUAUGAAUUGAUGCGACAGUGUUGGAGAGAAAAACCCGCGGAAAGGCCUUCAUUCACUGUAAUCCGGAAACAACUUGAACGGAUGAUGUUACACCAUUGUCCUUAUUUGGAUAUGGCUGACGCAAACUAUAGUUACGCACCCUGUUAUGACGUUGACGGUGACAAAGAAACGGAGUUAGAAAGCACUUUGUAACUACAUGUUGAUUUCCAUGUAAGAUAUUUCGACAUGAUGACGAGUUGACACUGUGCGUUUCUCAGCCGUACAAGUAGAUUCAUACCCCCACCAUCAUACAAAAGGGGAUCUGCCCAUCGGGCUUUCGUUUUGGCAUAUCUAGAUUAUUUUGAAUUUAGUAGAUAACCAUCAAUUUACUCUGCAAGGUGACAUUUUUUUACGUUGGCUAUGAUCACAUGACGCCAAAACAUACGCUAUCUUGGAUCCACCGACCUCCACUACACGACCACUUUCACAGAAAGUCAAGAAAGUUAUAACAGAAUGUAAAAAACACGUCUGUUUUUCAGUAUUUUUAAAUCUUCAUUUCUGAUCUUUUCUCCAGCUUCUCAGCGGUCAGGAAUCCUAAAUUCUUGAAACUGAUUGGCUAAUCGCAUGUGCUCCAGCGGUCCAGAUUUUCCCAUCUGGACCCCGAGUACGGACCGCUCUGAAAUUUCUAACUUUGGCAACUUUUCAAGCUGACCGGGUGAGAACAGACUCUCGCCUUCAUAACAGUUGCAGAGGCCCUUUCCCGAAAUUUAACCAUUUGGCAGGAAAUCCAUUUUGGCCAGCCAGCGUUUUUCUGGCGGGAAAUAGCAUGAAAAUCACAUUAACCAUCGUUAUGGAAAACAGAAAUUUCCGUUUUAAGAAAAGAAAACUUACUUCUAUUGUUAUAUCAACAAACGAUAGUGCAGUUGAUAUUACGUUUUCAAGACAGGGUUUAAGUGAAGCAGAACAUGAAAGAGAACAGCCGGCGAGCAAGAAUUAACAGGCAAAGAAGUAGCCAAGAAGAUCGUAAAAGAGAGAGAGACAGGGCUAGAGAAAGGAGGCGAAAGAGUACUGAACAAUGUCGUGGAGUAAUUAAGCGAGUCAGGGCUAUGAAAAGGAGAUUUUUUGUUGUUCUUUAAUUCAUCGGUUUGGUAAAAUACUUACUUUUUAAUCAUUUAGGCUCCCAAUAUAUCAAAGGGCAUCGGUUUGGUGAAAUACUUAUUGAUGAAAUUCUUUCAAGGUUAUUGUGUCAAGUAGAUGGUUAGUAAUUUAUGGGAGCUCUGCUUUUAGUCUUGACUAAAUCUGUAUAUUGAUCUUGCACUUGAUUAGAAUCGGAACCCAAAACAUUUUCUUCCAAUAGAUUUGUAAUUACUUAUAAAUCAUAUUACUUUCGCAAUAAAAUAUAAUACAAUAAUACAAUACAAGUUUAUUUAACAAAUAAAGA